AUGUCGGUUAUCAGGGCAGCCUUGGAGGGUGAAGGAAUUUCACAAUCGGCUCAAGAACUCAUCCUCAGCUCCUGGAGGCAAGGUACCCAAAAACAAUAUCAGACAUACUGGAACAAAUGGCAAAAGUUUAGUCGUGAACAAUCUAUUGAUCCCGUUCACCCAUCUGUGAACUAUGUUUUGGAUUUCUUAUCCAAAUUGUACAAAGAUGGUUUAGGCUACUCUGGCAUUAAUACUGCUAGGUGUGCCCUAUCUGCAUUAAUAACAAUCGAGGGAAACAUUACAGUGGGGAAUCAUCCUCUUGUUCAGAGACUUGUUAAAGGGGUGUUCCACACCAGACCAUCCUUACCUCGUUAUCAAGACACUUGGGAUACCAACAAAGUAUUAUAUUAUUUGCAAAGUUUCCCUGAACUUCAGAGAAUUAAACUACGUGAUCUAACCUACAAAUUAGUAAUGCUAUGUGCCCUAGUUACGGGGCAACGUUGUCAAACUUUACACCUCAUGAGUUUGGACUCACUAGUAAAGAAUUCAUCCGCUUACCAGUUUGUUAUAAACAAAUUGGUAAAGCAAUCUGCACCAGGCAAGAAGCAACCUGUUCUGGUUAUACCAAAAUUUCCUGAAGAUCAAAGGUUAUGUGUAUAUUCAGUUUUAGAAGAGUAUCUUGCUCGUACAAAGGCAUUGAGGUCACAUUCGUCCACAUAA